GAAUAUGGAAUUUUAGAAUAUGGACAAGUUUUUAUUCAAUAUACAGAAUUAAAUGAUGAUUAUAUGAAUAAUAAUAAUGAAUCAGAAAAAGCAAUUAUACUUGAACAAAAAGUUGUUGUAACAAAAAAUCCAUGUCAUCAUCCAGGUGAUGUUCGAGUUUUUACAGCUGUUGAUGUGUCUCGAUUAAGACACUUAAAAGAUGUUAUUGUUUUUCCACAACGAGGAAAACGACCACAUCCAAAUGAAAUAUCUGGUUCGGAUCUUGAUGGUGAUGAAUAUGCUGUCAUAUGGCAUUCAGCAUUUAUUCCUCAAACAUCAAAUGAUACACCAUAUGAUUAUGAUUCACAAAUGCCAAUGUUACGUAUUGCUGAUCGUCCUAUUAAUCGUUCAGAUAUUCAAGCAACUGUAUUAGAUAUUAGUGAACAAUCAUGUGUGGGUAAAUUAUGUUCACUUCACUUAGCUAAUAUGGAUCUUUAUGGUGUUGCACAUUCAAAAACAUUAGCUAUUGCUGGUUAUAUUGCUGAAGAAUUAGAUGCACCAAAAACAGGACAACAUCCAUUAACACCAAAACAAAUUGGAGAAUUACAAACUGAAUUAGGAAAUGAACGACCAGAUUAUUUUGAUAAACCAUAUUACAAAACUUAUCCUUCAACACAUGUACUUGGUAAGAUUUUAAUAAAAGAAUAUAACCUUUGUAUUUCUUGUGACUAGAAGCUAUUGAGUUGGGUCCAGAUCCGAAAACUUGGGAUCUAAUAGUGACUUACGAGGGAACAUUCUCAAGUGUCACAUCGCUUUUGAUUCGAAUGUAUGCGCAUCAUAUAGACCCUAAUGAUCUAUGAAUACUUUGAAAAAAGUUCGUGCCGCUUGCUUAUUACUGCCGAGAUAUUGCAUUUUGACUGUAUGUUUAAGAAAAAAAGCUGUGAUUCCCCUCAGGAACAUUAGAAAAACUAAGUUUCGAAUUUCGACUUGAAACUUUGCAUAGAGACAGGCCUCUGUGAGAAUAGUUUAUUGUGAAAGUUUCACAUCUUUUCAUUGUUCCCAUCCUAAGAUACAGCUAUGGCAAAAUAGCUUAUAUACACCAGCAGAUUCCGAUGUUCUUAUUACAGACUAGGAACAAUCAAAAGAUCUGAAACUUUCACAAUAAACUAUUCUCCUUGAGACCUGUCCUUGUGCAAAGUUUCAAGUUGAAAUUCGAAACUCAGUUUUCCUAGUGUUCCUGAGGGGAACCACGGCUUUUUGCCUAUACAUACAGUAAAAAUGCAAUAGCUCGGCAGUAAUAAGCAAGCGACACGAACUUUUUUCAUAGUAUUCAUAGAUCAUUAGGGUCUACAUGAUGCGCAUACGCUUGACUCAAAAGCAAUGUGACAGUUGGGAAUGUUCCCUCGUUAGAGCAGUUGUUAUUUUUUUGAGUUUUCUUCUUGAUGAUAAUAACUCGGAAGAAUCUGAAAAAAAAACAUUCGAGUAACUGAAAGGAUUCUCUGGUAGAUCUAGAUAUUCCGAUAAAAUUGUCUGGAUGAGGAUGUCUGAUAAAUCAAAACUCACAAAAUCAAUUUUCUGGUAUUGAUUUGAAACUUUUUGAAAAUGAUUUUAUUUGAAAGAGCAAAAUGAGAUGUCUCGGUUCUCUUCAUAACGUUCGUUCGUUAAACUGCAUUCAAUUUACAGAAUUAAAUAUAUGCCAAAAAAAAUUGAUCUUAUGAUAUUGGUUUAUCAGACAUUCUCAUCCAAGCAGUUUUAUCGGAAUUUCUAGAUCUACCCAAGAAUCAUUUCAGCUACUCAAAUAGUUUUUCAGAUUUCUUCUAGCCAUUAUCAUCGAGAAGAAAACUGAAAAAUACAACUGCUCUAAACCUACGUCCGCCACUAUACUAUCGGCGCUAGAAGUCAAAUUACUUGGAAACUUUAGAUAGGAACUAGAUAAAGAUCUGCAGUUUUCAGCAUUCGACAGAAGAUAAUAGUGGUCAAUCAGAUAUGUCAGUUUUUUAACUGUCCCAACAAUUAAUCAAACAGAUGAAUUUCUCGAUACUCAUUUUGAAAGCAAGAUUUUCACAGAAUAUUCUAUUUCAUUUUAACUUGUAAUACCAUCGUUGCAUAAAAAAUAAUUGAUUAUCUUUCUACCUUGCUCCAUUCAAGCGGCUUUCCAGUUUUAUAGAAACCUUAGAUUUUGUUUCGUUGAUCGCCGAUCAUUUGAAAAUACCUUUAGAGAACGGUAAUUGACCAUGUUGAGUCGAAUGAUGACAUCUGUUUUUUGUUUUAAAAUAACUUAACAUCUUUAUCACAGAUUUUUUGGAUUUUCUUAUUGUCUCUCCAUAGAGUCGAAACAGGCAAUCCUUUGAAAACUCUAUUUCUGCCGACUUUUUACAGCUUUGUAAUAACUUUGGACAGAAACAAGAUUUGCCUUUGUCUGGCAGAAAGGAAAAUAAAAAUAAGUAGCCAAUGUCAUCGCCAAGUGAAUAGGAUUGGGGCCGGCAUCAGGAGAGGAACGGCCUAGUGACCAUCGUCCGUUGUGAGAGGGGCCAGGUCACAUGGGUUUCGCUCUUCCUCCCGGUCACCACUUCUAGCACUCCGAGAAUGAAAGCACUUUCUGUCCAAUUUUCAGCCUUUCCACUUCUAUAAAAUAUCGACAAUUCUGGUCAUCACUCAGCUCAGAAUGGUCAAUUACCAUUCUCUAAAGAGAAUUUCGAUUGAUCACAGAUUAUUGAAGUAAAAUCUGAGAUUUCUAAAAAACUGUUAAGCCGUUUUGUAAGUUAAAAUGAGAUGGAAGAUGCCGUUAAAAUCACAUCGUCAGAAUGGAUAUCAAGAGAUUCAAAUGAUUGAUAAAUUGUUGGAUGAAUAAAAAUGGACAUACUUAAAUGGCUAUGUCUAUGGAAUGCUAACAACCUCCGAACUUUAUCUUGUUCCUAUCGAAAGCUAUUCGAAAAAACAUUUAAGUAUCUUGACUUCUAAGCACCGAUACUGGUAAUAAGAUAGGAAAAUUAUCAAUUUUGAACCAUCUUCCAAAGUAUUUUUGAAUUCUAAAAUGAAAUUAGUACACUUUAAUUGAUUAUGCAUAGAUUAAAAACUUGAGAGAAUAUAAAAUAUGUACGAAUUAAACAAGAAUAGAAAAAUAUAAUUAGUUAUAGGUAAGAGUUAAUACCUUUGAUCAGCCAAAUAAUAAUAAUGCAUCGAUUUUCUUCAUAACAGAUUCUAUCUCUUCUCAAAAUAAU